AUGAUGUGUAUAUUGUGUAUAUCGCCUCAGGUUAUCCGCACCAAACUUGUUCAUACUAGAAAACCAUGGCGAAUGAAAAAAUGCAAAUGCUUUAGAAGUCCUCAUGUAUCCUUUACAACUGUCAAUCUUUGCAAAACCUCUCUAGUUCAAUUUACCCAAGAUGCAUACGCAGGCAUUUCUGGCAUAAAAACCUGUUACCCUAGUGACGUCUGGUGCGCCGCAGGGCUUUUGUUAAGGUUUGCGCUCACUAGUGCUGCACAUGACGCUGUUCUCCUGUGUCUACCCACAUUUCUUCUAGUUUUCUUGCAUCAUGGCUCUAAACAACCCACGAUAGAAACACUCUCUAUGCCCAACCAAUCUCUACUCUCGUUUGAUUCUGAGGACGAGAAUGCUCUCCAGAGAUAUGUAUCAGAAAUCGAAGAAGAGGAUGUGCGCCUUAUUCUCAAUAACCGCGAAAAUGGCGUGAACCGAUUGCUCAAGGUCCCAACGUCAGUGAUUUUGCCUAAAACAGGUAAGAAAGUGAAGCGGUCCAAUCUGUUCUUUACGUCAGAUGUUGACAGCGCUAGUGACGGCUCGAAUUCGAGUGAAGAGGAUGGCAGUGACCACCUUGAGGGUAGAACUGCGGAGGCCACAAAUGGCUCAUUGGUGGAAUUUCUACUCCAGACGAAAACCAAGGUACUUGACAUUACACAAAGUGAGGUAUUCCAGAAUGUCAUGAAGUGUUCCGUGGCUUAUCUUGUAGCUUCGCUCGCCGUCUACUGUGCUCCACUAAGUCGUUUGUUUGGUCAUGUAGAUACAAAGCACAUUGCCGCCAGUGCUUCUAUUUAUUUUCAUCCUGGCAAGACCAAGGGUGCUAUGCAUCAACUGUUUCUAUUUGCACUACUAUCACUUCUGUUCAGUUUCUCCCUUUCCUUAAUCUCCAGAACUAUAUCUAGUUUUCUCUACAACAGAGGAACCAUCGGAUGGUCUUACUUUGUAGACUUGAUGUUUUCAUCAAUCGGAUUGGGUAUUGUGGCCUAUUGGAAGCAAAAGGUCGACAUGGAUUCAUUCAGCACAGCCUGCCAUCUUGCUUACAUCAGUAUCAUUGCAGGCAUCGUCAAAGAAGGCUCUUUGAAUGCAGACCGAUCCCCGUUGCCCCGCUUGUUUGCUCUUGGUAAAAUCGUGCUUUUUGGCUCCUUUGUAGCCGUGACAGCGUGUUAUACGCUAUGGCCGCGCAGCGCAACUCACCUUCUUCGAAGCUCUCUCAAUCACUCCUUCAAUGACAUGUCCUCUCUCUUGUCAAUUCUAUCACAUCGAUUUCUAAAUGGAGAAAAAGUCACGGAGAAAGAUUUGAGGAUCUUUGUAAUGUUGCGCGAGCGUACAACCCAUUUGCAGGUAUACCUUAAAGAGGCUCAGUUCGAGCUUCGUUUCAUGGGGAAAGAAGCCGAAUACGAUUUGUAUUGCGAAAUCGUAGAAGCUACAUGUUCUUUGGAAGAGCAUCUACAAGGUUUGAAGUCCUCUUGCGAAAUGCAAUGGCAGCUUCUAUUGGCAAAUGAGUUCCUUCUUCAAGAAGGAUUAGGAGAAAUGGAACAGACGACUCAAAAUCUAAACCGGAGAUUCUCUCGAGGUGUAGCAGAGCAGUUUUCGACUCCAAUGUCCGCAGACUUUGAGGCCACCGAGUACGACUUUGAUGCUGUCUACUCGACUCAGCUUUUCGAUCUUUUCGCUUAUUACUUGGCGCCAUCAGUAAAGUCGUUUGUCUUCACUGUAAAAGAAAUUCUCAGAGUACUCCCAUUCGAGGAGACCGGCGCUGAUGGGAAGGGAAAACGGUCUUUUGUUAAAUCCACAGAAUACCAAGCUUCCUUGAAUAAGGCUAUCAAGGUUUAUGAAGAAAAGCAAGUGCGCACUUUCAAUAGCUUAUACUCCCAGAAAAUUUUUCAAGCAGAGACUUUUUCAUUUAGAUCAGACCAAGAAGAAGUUGCAGCUUGUUGCGGAAACUUUUCUGCCUUACUCUCUUCCUAUGGCCAGGAGCUCAUUCAUUUUCUCCAACUUACUUCCACAUUUGAACAGACAGUUGAGUCUAACCGCAGAUCAUGGUCGUUUCUCACAAACUGGGAUUUCUCUAAGCUCAAGUUUGGCAAAAGUGAGAGUGACUCGACUCUUGUUGAUGCAUUGCAAGAAAUUACUGCUAAAUCCAAGCAUCGGAAUCUGAUACACCACCACGACUUCAUCUCGGAAACAACAGAGCUCAUCCCGAAAAAAACAAGAAUUGAUAAUGUUUCCAUGUACAUAUGGAGAAGACUCAAGUUUUUCCGAAAUUCCAAUGUCCAGUUUGGAAUCAGAACUGCCAUUGGGGCGUUUUGCAUUUCCAUAUUUGCCUUUAUUCCAGCAACCAGGCAAAAAUUUGUAUCAUUCAGAUCUGAAUGGGCUCUUAUUAUUUACUGCAUUAUGAUGAGCAAGUCGCUAGGAGGAACCACAAUGCCUGCCAAGUGGCGUUUCAUGGGCACCUUCCAGGGAGCCUUUUUAGCCUUCCUAAUCUGGCACAUUUCAAAUGCAAAUCCAAUCGCCUUGGCGCUCACGGGAUUUUUACUAUCGAUCCCGUGCUUUUACAUCUUGCUUAGUUGGAAGGAUAAUCACGCAUAUGGCCGAUUUAUUCUUUUAACUUACAAUUUAACGGCAUUGUAUACAUACAUGGAACUAGACACUCUAGGAGAUAAUGACAAACGGCCAAUUGUAUGGGAAAUUGCUUUUCACAGAUUCGUGGCAGUUUCUUUCGGCAUCUUAUGGGCCCUUUUUAUUACUGCAAUCCUUCUCCCAAACAGCGCUCGUGCUCAAUUGAAGCUGGGAUUAACAAUUUUGUGGCUAAGAAUGGGAGUCAUUUGGAGCAGUAAUCCCAUGGACUCUCACAUAAUUGAAAAGGUACACGGAAAUGGUGAUAAUAGGGAAAUUGCGCUUGUAGGUUUACGCGAUUUGGCAGGGACAAGAGAGUUGUUGAUGGAGUGUCGUUCACUUCUCAAACUUGCGCCAAAUGAAAUUCGUUUGAAGGGCAGAUUUCCAAGAAGAAUAUUCAAACAGCUCUUGAAAAGUACUUCGGUGAUAUUGGAUGCAUUUCUGAAUCUUCAGAUCAUUGUCGAGAUGGACAAAAAACCUCUGUCAAACGAGUUGUACGUCCUUCUGUACAUCGAAGAAGAGAGAAAUGAACUCGAGCAUAGAAUUUUUUUGAUUUUCUACAUGAUUGCAAGUGCGAUGGCACUUGGAUUUCCUCUUCCGUCCAAACCUGCUUCAACCGAGCAUGCCAAAAAUCGGUUAUUGCUUAAACUCAGUGAAUUUAGGUCAGAAUCUCGCCAACGACAAAUUCAGCUUCAAAAUAGGGAUUAUUGUCGGCUUUAUUCUUACAUAUUGGUGACUUCUAUAAUCACCAAUGAACUUGACAUAAUUCUCGAGUGCAACUCGAUCCUCUUGGGUAACAUCACAGAAGACGCUUUCAAGUUGGUGUGA